AUGCAUAAAAAGGAGAAACACUUGGGUUCUCCUCUCAUCAUUGGGAAGUCUAAAAUACAAGAUUUUGAAGAUAUUAAAUUGGCUUUUGAUAGAAGAUUAGGUACUUGGAAAGGUACCACCAUGCACCAAGCUGGAAGAACCACAAUGGUCAAGGCAGUACUCAACUCUAUACCUACUUAUCAGAUGAGCACCUUUAAAAUGCCAAAAAAGAUGCUAAAAAAAUUGGACACAGCUCAAAGAAAGUUUUGGUGGGGUUUCAAAUAUGGAAAUGGAACCAAUCUUGUUGCUUGGCAAAAUAUGUGCAUAUCUAAAGAUCAUGGUGGUCUUGCAUUUAGGGAUCUUGAAAUGCUAAACCAUGCUCCUCUCACUAAACUUGCAUGGAGAAUACAUCACCAAGAAGACCAUCUUUUGAGCAAAAUUCUUAAAGCCAAAUACCACAAAGGUGAAAACUUUCUGCACAUCACUUCUCAGAAACAUAACUCCUCUUGGGUUUGGAAAGGCAUUGAACAAGGUCUCACUAUUCUGCAACAUAAAUGCUUCAUGGAAGUAAACAACGGUAAGAAGACUAUGAUAUGGAAAGACAAGUGGAUUUUAGGUCAUAAUGCACUGGUUGUUCCUGCAGAUAUCUCUCACUACCAAUACACUUUUGUUUCAGAACUUAUUACUCCUGACACCAGCAGCUGGAAUAUUCAUUUGCUAAAUACUUUGUUUCAGCCUGAUAUAGUUGAUAAAAUCAAAAAUAUGUAG